GCCUCCCAAACGAAAACUAAAAAUUUUCACAGAACCGCCACAACGCUUUGAUAAAAUAAAAAGGCUCUCUCUCUCUCAUCUCUCUCGAUGAUAAUCUCCAAAUCCUUCAAAGCACCACCGCACAAACCCUCCGCCAGAUCUUCUUCUGCUUCGUCGGUGAUCUCAAACCAUCAGCAAAUGGAGAGCAGCCACCCGAAGCGCCAGCGAACCACCACACGUGUCUCCACUAGGAACUUGAAGCGAAAACUCAAUCGCAACACAGCAGAUGCUGCGUCACUCGUCAAGGCGGCUAACGACGAACAGCAAAGUCUCGUCCGCGCGAUCCGCAGCCACAUCGAUGUUCUUAACUCCGUCUUCUCAGAUGAUGAUGAUUUUGAACUCGAAGUUAUUGAAGACGCUGCUGGUGAUCUCGCCGACCUUGCUAAAAUCGACGAAAAUGUGGAAAUCAUCGUUGAAAAUGGAGCUAUCCCUGCGUUGGUGAAAUAUUUGGAAUCUCCGUGGGAUUCAGAAGUUGACGGUGAUGCUCCUAAAUCUUGUGAGCAUAAGCUUGAGAAAGAUUGUGCUAUUGCUCUCGCACUUAUUGCUGCGAUUCAGCCUGGUUACCAGCAGCUCAUUGUGGAUGCUGGAGCUAUAGUUCCAACCGUGAAGAUGUUGAAGAGACGGUGUACUUGUUGUGAAACUACGGCUGCUAAUGCUGUUAUUAGGAGAGCAGCUGAUAUAAUCACUAAUAUUUCUCAUGACAAUCCAAGGAUUAAAAAAGACAUAAGGGUUGAAGGUGGCAUUCCACCACUUGUUGAGCUUCUAAAUUUUCCGGAUGAUAAAGUACAGAGGGCUGCUGCAGGGGCCUUGCGAACAGUUUCUUUUAGAAACGACGAGAAUAAGAUCCUAAUUGUGGAGUUGAAUGCUUUGCCUACGCUUGUAAUGAUGCUUCAAUCUUCAGAUCCUUCUGUGCACGGUGAAGCGAUUGGGGCUAUCGGAAAUCUUGUCCACUCAUCUCCUGAUAUCAAGAAAGAGGUCGUCCGUGCUGGUGCAUUGCAACCAGUAAUUGGUCUACUUAGCUCCACUUGUUUGGAAACACAAAGAGAGGCAGCAUUAUUAAUAGGUCAAUUUGCUGCGCCUGAUUCAGAUUGCAAGGUGCACAUUGGCCAAAGAGGUGGCAUUACACCCCUGAUUAAGAUGCUUGAAUCAUCAGAUGAGCAGGUCGUGGAGAUGUCAGCUUUUGCUCUUGGUCGUUUGGCACAGGACGCACACAAUCAAGCUGGCAUUGCACAUAGAGGAGGUAUCAUCGCGUUACUAAAUCUUCUUGAUGUGAAAACGGGGACUGUGCAACACAAUGCUGCAUUUGCCUUGUAUGGCCUUGCAAACAACGAGGAAAAUGUUGCAGAUUUCAUAAAGGCUGGAGGAAUUCAAAAGCUUCAAGAUGACAACUUCACUGUUCAACCGACUAAAGAUUGUGUGGUGCGGACAUUGAAGAGGCUACAGAACAAAAUUCAUGGACCCGUACUAAAUCAAUUAUUAUACCUAAUGAGAACCGCUGAGAAGACUAUAAAAAUACGAAUUGCUCUGGCUCUUGCACAUCUUUGUGACCCUAAAGAUGGAAAACUGAUUUUUAUUGAUAACAAAGGAGGAGAACUAUUGUUGGAACUUCUUUAUUUCUCAAGCGUCAAGCAGCAGAGAUAUAGUUCAAGUGCUUUAUACGAAUUAGCUACAAAAGCUACAUCCUUUGCAACAGAGGACUCAGCUCCUGCCUCACCCACCCAACAGGUAUUUUUGGGUGAAAAAUACGUGAACAACCCUACUUUGUCCGAUGUCACAUUUCUCAUUGAAGGUAAACAAUUCUCUGCUCACAAGAUUUGUUUGGUAGCUUCCUCUGAUAUAUUUCGUGCAAUGUUUGAUGGUCAAUACAAGGAACGCAAUGCCCCAAAUGUGGAGAUCCCAAAUAUAAGAUGGGAAGUGUUUGAGCUUAUGAUGAGGUAUAUAUACACAGGGAGAGUUAGCAUCCCUAAACAUUUGGCUAAAGAACUGCUUGUAGCAGCUGAUCAAUAUCUUCUCCAAGGCCUCAAACGUCUAUGUGAAUACACAAUUGCACAGGAAAUCUGUCUAGAUAAGAUACCAGCAAUGUAUGAGUUAGCAGAUACGUUCAAUGCUUUAGCCUUAAGACGAGCCUGCACGCUCUUUGUUCUUGAGAAUUUUACUAAGCUCAGCACUCAAUUAUGGUUUGCAAACUUUGUCAAGCGAAUUGUACCUGAAAUCCGGAUUUACAUCACUGAUAUUCUCAACAGGCCGGUCGAAGCAAGCACCCCAACCCAUGUAUAAAAUAAUAUGUAACUAGGUUUCGGUUUAAUUGAAAUUGUCGAUUUAUAUGACUCAUUAGAUGAAGUUAAUUUUUGUUUGAGAACCGGUCUGUAUUUUGUU